UACACGCAAUCAUUGGAGAACCGUAUCUUCGAGCUAGAGGCACAGGCACAUGAACGAAUCUUGAACUCACUUCCCCAGAGACCUGAAUCAAUUCAGAGCUCUACAAUCACUUCAGAGAGGCGGAACGAGGCUAGUUCCCCUACCUUGCGGCCUACUCAGCCGCCUCCAAUCCGACUUGUCCCUUCAACGGAACUUGAUAUCCAAACCCCAUUGACUAUUCAAGCAUCAUCGCCAGUCUUUCCAAACACCCCUGGCAUCGCAAGGAACAGCCCCGGGGCCGGCUUUAGACCAGCCUUUGAGGGCCCACAGCGAGUUGAGCAAGACACAACUUUCAAAGAUGUACAGUUCUCAGAUCAAAAAGAACAGGCCUUGAUCCAAACCUACCUUAAAAAAGUGAACCCUCGUUACCCUUUUAUCCACGAAGAGCAAUUUCUCGCAUGGUAUUCAUUGUGGAAAGACCUACAAAAAUCCGGGGGUGAAACUCCGGCUGCUGAGCAAUGGAAGUCAUUUUUCAUUCAGAUGGCCUUUGCGGUCAGCCUUCUCAUCGCCCCUCAGGUGUCCCCUGAGGAGAGGCGUCUAUCCAAUACCUUAUACUCAAUUGCCCUUUCAUCACUGAGUUCUGUCUUUGAGAGACCAGAUCCAGUUCUUCAUGUUCAAGCAUAUCUAAUGUGCACGAUACAUGCGCUCCAUUCUCCCUCUUCUCAGACUGUUCUGACCAUGAUAUCGACUACAAUGCGAUGCUGUGUGGUUUCUCAACUACAUCGGUCUAUGUAUGAGCCUCCAAUUCGAGAUAGUUCAACGCUCCUGGAAGUUCAAAUUCGCCGUCGAGUCUUCUGGUCUGCCUAUUCCAUCGAUCGAUUGAUCAGUUGGAUCUAUCACGUCCCUUGCAGUGUUAUAGACGAAAACCUUCAAACUGAGCUUUUUGCGAACAUGAGUGACAGUGAAAUCCAAAGAUGGGAGCCACGAUCACGCUCACAAGCAGAUGCGGAAUCCUUCCCCCGCCAAACUCAAGUAUCUUCUGCCCUCCAUUUGAUUCGUGUGCGAAGAAUCCAGUCACGCAUCCUUGCAAUCAUGAUGCGCGCUGAUUACGAUAUCAACCUUGCACCGCGUUAUGGCUGGAGGCUUCACAUGCUAAUAGAGCUGGACCAAUGGAGGAAUCAAUUACAGCCUCACAGCGAUCCCGAAUCCAGAGGCUACACCAGCCAAGGGUGGGUUGGCAUGGCUUACAACUAUACCAUAUUACUCUUACAUCGACCGACCAAAGAAAACGUUCGCGGGCUAGUCGGGGAGAAGUGCCUAAAGGCCUGUGCUGAUAUCUUAUCUGUUUUUCGACAAUACCAAAAGGACCGCCAAACAGCCCAGCUUUGGCCAGGUCUUCUCAGUCAAUUUGGUAUCGGGAUUAGCCUCCUGUAUUGCUUUUGGGCUACACCUCCAUCUAGUCGGAUCGAACUAUAUCGAUCUUCAAAAUCACUAGCAGGAAUACACACCUGCUCUGUUAUCCUGGCUGUGUUUGCAGAACAGUGGAGACAGGCCGAGCCAUUACGCGAUUUGUUUGACACACUCUCCGAGGCAAUUCCUUACCAUCCCCUCAUCUCUGCCGAUCAUACUGAAAGUCGGAUAUCUGCCGACGCGGCAAGUUCAAUCAGGUCGAUGAUGCCUCACAUCAUAUCACUUGUUGUGAACAUGGAUAUUUGUAGGAUGAUCACGGAGAUGGUCACUGAAGAUUAUCCGUGGCAUGAUCAAAGGUACAGCGAUCUUCUUUCAUGGUCUUCGGAGAGUCAUUCUUCUCAAACCUGCUUUCUUUGUCAUGACAAUACAGCGAGCACAAGUAUGCCUGUGCCCGAGGCCUUUGGGCUUUACGAGCCUAGUGUCAGCGACCAUGAUGAAUUCUUUGCGUUUCCUGGCUUGUUUGGAUCUGUUGAAUUUUAG